CUGCCAGUAGGCGGGAAGUGGGAGCUGCCAUGCUGGAUGGCUCAGGUUUCUUGUUGGAGCUCUGAGCUGAUCUGACACUUGUCAGGGGGAUGUCGGGAGACUCGGAGGAGAGCUGUAGGUCCGUGAAUUUUAUGGAGGACAACUUCCUAGCUCUAAAGUCCUCUUAUACUAUUAAUAAUUAUAUACCAAUAAUAAUAUAUAAUGUAACAAGUCAAAUAUAAUCUGUAAAUAUUGAUGGGGAGGCCAGGAGUAUGAAGAAUAUAGAAUUAAAAUGCCUUAGGUUGGAUAUUAAUUCAGUAAAUGGUUACUCCAAACACCAUGACCACUUCAGUGACUUUUUUUUUAAAGUGGUUAUGGUGCUUUUCCAGUGAGAAAUGCUGAAGGUACGUAGAAGCAGAAGUUUGCUGUGGCUGGACGUAUUACUCCGCCGGUCCCGUUAGCUGUCCGUAAUGACAGUUCCGAGACGCUGAUGUUAAAAAGUGUGCUUCUUUAUGCGGGUGACGGGUGACCAAUGGAAGCGCGACGCACCCCGCCGUUCAAGUCCUCUCUUGGCCCAGCUUCCUGAGCGUUCCUCUCGCUGCAGCUAGGACAUCACUAAAGGAGGGUGGAGCUGCGGGGAGAACUUGGCAUCGAUGUUGGAUCUCAAGGUUGUUUUUGACAAAAAAAUUAUUUUAGCAGAGGGGGGGGGACCAUCCCACCAAUGGCUACUAUAACCUGAAACAAUGUUUUGUUAAAAUGCUUUUUUUUUGGUUAAAUUUUUUUGGGGUGUAUCCCUUUAAACAGAUACUUAGCAAUAAAACUACUUCCAUCUUGUGGGGGUUUUUUUUUUUUUGGUGCAUAUAUACCACCCUUUUUGCCUUGUGUAAAACAUUGCCGAGCAAUGAAAACAUAUACAUUUUGACAUACAUCCAGUCGAGACAUUUCCAUUUGAUUUUCUUUUUUCAAGUUCUUUACAUUCAACGUCACAUGCAACUUGAUACCGAGCAACAUUUUAAUGUUAGUUAUCCAUUAGUCAUUGAGGGAUCCUGCAGAAUAUUCAUUCUUCAUAGUGCAGGACAGCACUUUUCAUACACUGUCCUGCAGCAUGAAGAAAUUGUGUGUCCUUGAAAACAAAGGUCUGGCUACCUUAUCUGUUCUUCAGUUAUGCAGUCAAUUUUAUUAAACAAAAGUUAUUUUUUAUUUUUUUUUAUGUCAGGAACACAGCUGGAGGCGUGCGGAUUGUGAGUUGGAAUAUUAAUGGUAUUCGAGCCACCCGUGCAGGCAUUAAAGAUGUAUUGGACUCGCUUGAUGCAGAUAUUAUCUGUCUGCAGGAGACUAAAGUGACAAGUGAGUGCUUUUAAAGGCAUUGUUGGAUUGUGCCUGCAGUUUUAUUUAUGUGGAACAGGGGUGAAAAGGCAAUUGUUAAAACCACUGGACUUAAAAUUUAGAAUUUUGGGGGGAUUAAUGACAUAACUGCUGUAUUGUUUAUAUUAAAGGGUUACUAAUAGGACAUUAUUCUUUAGCUUCCACCCGACUCUAAAAAUAGCUGUAAAAUAAUAUUUACUUAAAUCCAGUGCCAGGCAAAGCUCCUGAUGCUGUUCGAUAGCCCCCACCUGACGUCACAGGAGCCACACAGUGGUCUAUCCAAUCAAAUACCUCUCAUAGGCUUCCAGUCAAGGCGUCUCAUCUGACACGACCAUUUAAACGGAUUCUUCAGUGCCAGGAAAACAAACCUGUUUCCCUGGCACUAGAGAAUCCUGGAGUGCCCCGCCCCCAUCCUGCCCCCUCAUACCAUGUUGCUGAAGGGGUUAAAACCGUUAUGAAAGUCGUUAUGAAUCCGGAAGCGCCUCCAGUGGCUGUCUGCUAGUCUGCCACAGAGGGCAGACUUAGAGCUGCAAUGUCAGUGUCAUUGUAGCACUAAGUGCAAAAGGGUCACAGCACCCAGACCACUUCAAGUGGUCUGGGUGCCUACUGUGUCCCUUUAACAGUCUCUAAGCAGGCAUGGGGAAAGGAGAGUUAGGAAAAGAAAAUGUACCAAUUUGGAUAAGGGAACCUGGAGCUUCCCCUUGCGGGCUCUGCAAGGUAGACGCAGAUUACAUCUGUCAGCAGCAUGCAGUGCACGCUGACAACAGACAAAAAAUAUGCAUAAAAUUGGCAUUCGGCUGUCCGGAACAGCGUUGUGGGCUGCCUAAAUCAUGUGUGCUUGUGAUGCAACUAGCCCCCGGCACACCAGGGCAGAUCAUUCUAGAUGUGCAGUGUUUUAAGCUGAAACACUGCACAUCCAGACUCCCAACACCAUGACUACUUCAAAAAGCAGAUGUGGUCAUGGUGGCUGUUGUAAAACUUUAAUUUAAGUCUCCAAGUUGUCAUCUUUGGUUUAAUAUUAAAGCUUUUCACAAUAGUUUGACAUGAUCUAGGGGUCUUGGAACCAAUGGACCUUCCCUAUGCAUUCAUUGCCUUUCUAUAAUUUAUUAGAACUAACAGGACAAUAUGCUUGUGUUUGUGUUUAGGGGACCUGUUAGAUGAACCCACUGCUAUAGUCGAAGGAUAUAACUCAUUCUUCAGCUUCUGCCGUGUGAGGAGCGGGUACUCUGGUAAGAUAUCGAGCAGUUUUUUUCCCUUUAACUUUUUUCCACUGUCAAAAAAAAUUAGAAAUUUUAGAUAAUUUUCAACAACGCAGUCAUUACACCACCUUGCGAGUAGGUGUCCUUGGGUAACAUCAGCUCCUCAUUGAUCGUAAGCCAUUUGAGCAGGGCCAUCUUUACCUCUAAUAUCCCCUUUAUAUAAUUGUAAAGCGCUGCAGAAUAUUUGGGCGCUAUAUAAAAAUAACAUUAAUUAAAUUACUUCUGUUAAUGUUCUUUUUGCCGCGCGUCGUUUGAUAUAAUUUAGAGAAUACAUUUACAGGACUGGUCGUUAAAAAAAACCCCCAAAAAACUAUUUGUUUUUUAAGCUCCUUCUCACUUGAUCACUUUCCCUUUAAUUCAAGGAGUUUCGACUUUCUGCAAGUGUAGAACAACGCCAUGGGCAGCGGAGGAAGGACUUUCCGGGCAGCUGACCGCUCACAAAGGAUCCAUUGGCUGCUAUGGGAACACAGAGGAGUUUUCGGAAGAGGAGCUGCUUUCUUUGGACCAAGAAGGAAGAACCGUUAUAACACAGCACAGGAUCCAGUAAGCCUGCAGAAUAAACUGCGUAAUCCUAGUUCUCUGAUCCCACUCUUGUGUGAUUCCUGGUAACAAUAUCUUUUAUAAAAUAUGUAUCCAAUAUAAGACAGUGCAAAAUGUGUUUGUUUUUUUUUGUGGGAUGUUUAUUUCAAAAUUGUCUUGAUUUUACAUGUUUCUUAUCAUAGCAUUUUAUUCACACAUAGAAUUGAAAACUGGAAUUUAAAAUUCAGGCGUUAACAGCCGAGUUAGAAAUAUUCCCCAACUCUGCUAUAGUAACAGGUUGACUAUUUUAGCCUACAUUUCCUAUUUGAAGCAAUUAUGGAUUGUCCUUUUAGAAUGAAACGUCUUUAAGAAUCAAGGAUUAGGCAUAUCAUUCUUUAUCGUUUUUGGCAAGCCAUUGUUCCUUAAAAGAACACUCCAAGCACCAUAACCACUACAACAUGCUGUAGUGCUUAUGGCACCUGUGGUCAAUAUGUGACUUUUUCGCCAGCACUAUUUCCUAUGGAGAACUUAGAGCUUCCUUUAGCUCUUUUGAGCCAAGUCGUGCCUAGAAAGCUUCUGUCUCUUCAUAGAAUUAGUGGAGGAAGGGAUUGGUGUCUGGUAGACCCCAGGUAAGCAAUCAGCCCAUUCUAAAAUAACUUAAGCUCUAGCAAUGGGGAUGACAGGUCACUCCUUGCACCAUAAAAACGAUAGCGCUAUGUAAUAGAUACUUGGAGUGUUCUGUUAGAGAGCUAAAACACUUUGUUUUUGAGACUUAAUCAUAUUUUGCUUUAUUGCAUCACAUUGCCCUGUGAUUACAUCUGCUUUUAUAGCAUACAGAGUGUAUAACAAACAUGCUGACAGAUUGAAGCAGAGGUGGCAGCUUAUAAUCGCUGGCGGACUGCUAGAUCACCAUGCACUACGUGGCAAAUGUUUCUGCUGCAGUGCUGUCGUAGACUGUUAUUGAUAGAAGCCACAAUGUCUCAGUCCUAGAAAAUCUAGAUAGAGUGCUUUGUCAUGCCAUAAAACAUCUGUACGAAUCCUGAUAUAGUGCUCCUGGGUACCACAUUCGAGUGUUGCCUUUAUGGUAUAAUAAAGCAUUUUAUCCUAGUUAGCUUGGUGGCAUUUUCAUUUGGGAUCUUCCUAGGGGGAGAAUGUGAGUCUGUCGCUCUGUGUACCAAUACACAUCCAGGCAGGCCUCUGUUACAUGGGUUGAUGGAUUGACUGCCAAGUGCAUUUUUAUUCAUUGUAAAUGUAUGUUGCUGUAUUACACAUCACUUUUAUAAGAUAUGCCAUUGAUACUGGCUAAAAGAUCAAUUUUAAUCGAAAUGACCAAAAUUAAAAUCAGCUUUUAAAAAAUAUAUAUAUAUUUUUUUUUCGUAUUCGGUUUGUGCAAUUCAAGUUAUAUGUAGAUAGCUUAGCUGGUUAGUGCAACAACUAUAGACCUAUUUUGAAACCUCUGGACUGCAAUUUAUUUUACCAUUCGAGGAAACAUAUUUGUUUUAUUUUUCUGUGGUUGAUUUUUGAAAAUGUACUAUUGUACUGCAUUCAGUAAUACCAUCUUUACCCCAAGACAUACGUUAGAAAAAAAAGUAUAGAAACAUUUAAGAUUGUUAAAAAAUAAAUAUAUAUAUAUAUAUAUAUAUAUAUAUAUAUAUAUAUAUAUAUAUAUAUAUAUAUGUAUAUAUAAAAUGUCUAUGUACAGAGUUCUUUUUAAGGUUUUUUUUGAUCUUGUCUUGCUGGUUGGGAAAUUUUUCUCUCUGGAGAAAAGUCCUUGCUUUUAAAGGACCACUAUAGUGCCCUGAGGGUGCCCCCACGCUCAGGGUCCCCCUCCCGCCAGGCUCUGGGGAGAGGAAGGGGUUAAACUUACCUCUUUCUCCAGCGCUGGGCGGGGAGCUCUCCUCCUCCUCUCCUCCCUCUUGUCUUCCUCUUCGGCUGAAUGCGCAUGCGCGUCAGGAGCCGCGUGCAUUCAGACAGUCCAUAGGAAAGCAUUGACAAUGCCUUCCUAUGGACGCUAGCGUCUUGCACGCAAGCACCUCUAGCGGCUGUCAAGAGACAGCCACUAGAGGCUGGAUUAACCCUAACAUAAACAUAGCAGUUUCUCUGAAACUGCUAUGUUUAUUUAAAAAAAGGUUAACCCUAGCUGGACCUGGCACCCAGACCACUUCAUUAAGCUGAAGUGGUCUGGGUGCCUAUAGUGGUCCUUUAAAGUUUGCAAUAGUGGAGCCGUUACAAGGGGAUUGCAGAUUUUAGAGUAAAUAGAAGACAUGGUAUAAUUCUCCAACUGGGCUAUCAGGAGUUUACUAAGAUUGUGCAGUGGGGUGGCAUAUAAUCUCUUGUCAUUCUAGUGCAGUAAAGAGUUAGCUUGUAUUGAGCCUAACCUUAGAAAUAUCAGAAAGGGCUCUAAAUCUGCCAUUCUGGCCGAGUCUUUAAGAUCUGAUGUUACUCUUCCUGUUUCAGAACCUCUGAAGAUAAAGAUGAAACACUAACUGUGAUCAAUGUUUACUGCCCUCGGGCUGACCCUGAGAAGCCGGAACGGAAGACCUACAAACUGCGCUUCUAUCACUUGCUGCAAAUACGAGCAGAGGCCAUCUUGAAGUCGGGAAGGUGAGACUCUGGGUCAGUGAAAAUGUUAAGACCCGUUAUAGGAGUAAAAUAAAUCUCAAUGGCUAAAAAUGUCUGAUAUCUCUGUUGCAGCCAUGUCAUUAUCUUAGGAGAUGUGAACACCUCCCACAGGCCUCUCGAUCACUGUGACCCAACGGAUCUGGUGAGCUGGGAAUCCUUUUCUGAUAUCCAAUGUCUGUUUCCUGUGUAUCGUCACCCAGGAAUCUAUAUUCUCCAUCGUAGCUUACAUUGUAAAGGUUCCUUCAUUUUAUUAAUGCCGCUUAUCUAGCACAUUGCCUCGGUUUUACCUUUUUAAUUAUACUAAGUUUGGGUUCUAUGCUCUGUUAGUCCUGGGAAAUGCAACCUGGACUUUUUUUUUUUUUUUUAGAGUCUUCUCUUUUAUCCUUCAACUUCUCAACUCCUUUGUAGGCCGUCUAGCUAACUUUGUUUAUUUCAUAAAUAAUAUCCUCUAUUCACAACCUCCUGUCUUUGUCCUAUUUUAUUCCAUUUAAGUAAACUUGCAUUGUAGAGCAGGAAAACAUUAAAGUGGCUCUGGGUACAUUAUCAGCAUACCUUUAUUGCAUUUUAUAGAUUUUGGAAACUUAAUCAAUGUGUGUUUCUCUCCAUACUCCAAAACGCUACUACUAGUGCUACUACCCCCAGAAAAAUGUUGCUACUUUCUGCCACAUAAUGCCUACCCAUUAGCCACACCUUAUUUUCAGAAAACCACUUUCCGAUUGGAAGGUAAGAAGUUUAGCUCAGCCAAUGGGAGAGCCAAGUUGCUGACGUGUCUCCAACCCCCAGCAAAUCACUGUCCUCUUAUUAUCUGUAUUGUAUUUCAAAGAUGUGCUAAGCGGAACUUGGGAGAAUAACAAGAAAUGUUGUGAUUGGCUCCGGGGCGAGUCAUGUCAGCAAUUUGGCUCAUUCUGCUGGCUGAGUUGAGUACGCACGAAGGGUUCUGAUAAGAUAUUUUGUGUGUUAUGAAAAGGGGAGGUGUGGCUAAGGAGCUGGAUUUAUGCUGCAGAAAGCAGCAAAACAUUUUUUUUUUUUUUUUUUUUUACAAAGCUAAAGAGAUUUUAAUUUGGAGAAGAAAUACAUAGAAAUAUGAGGCCCAAACCAUCAAAUUAACUUGCCCAAAGCAUGCCUGGAGUGUCUUUGUAAGGUUUACUGUCCUUCUCUUUAAUUCAAAACUCCAAGGCUUUACCAGAAGUUCUUGGAAGCUGCAUAUAAUUUUUUUUUCUGCAAUCUGCUGUAGCUUACUUUUAUCUUACGUACAACUCUCUUUUUUACUUAGGAAGCUUUUGAGGAGAACCCAGGACGUCAGUGGUUGAACCAAUUUCUCGUUGAGCCAAAAGCAGUACAAAGAGAGGAUUCCAGUCCUGUAACUCCAUCUAAAAUGGAUUACUUCUUGGACAGUUUCCGGUACUUUCACCCCACUCAGAGAAAUGCCUUUACCUGCUGGUGUUCAGUGUCCGGGGCACGGAAAACCAAUUACGGAACCCGUAUAGACUACAUUUUAGGAAACAAAAGCCUUGUUGAACUGCAGUUCUUGGAUUCCAUUAUCAUGCCAGAGGUGGAAGGAUCAGACCACUGUCCUGUUAAAGCAUUUUUGAAAUGCCAUCCUCUGGCAGCAUCCAAGUGCCCUCCUCUCUGCACCAAAUAUCUCCCAGAAUUUGCAGGUAAGCAGCAGAAGCUUUCUCAGUUUCUGGUGAGAAAUGACAAGGAUUUGGGGGGCAAGUUUGGAGAAAACAAAGAACUGCCAGAUUCACAAUCUUCUACGGAAGGAACUGAAUCUAUUUUUGCUCGGAAACGGCCUUCAGAGAAGGUAAAUGGAAAUAUUGUUAAAAAAAGCAAACCAGCUGUGAAGGGGGGACAGGGAAGCCUCCUGGGAUUUUUUAAGCCAGUAGUUCACAAAGCAGACCAAUCACAAGGACAGACAAAAAGUGAGACCUGUUUUGAACAGAACAAACCGAAAAACCCAGUCCAGCAGAAUCCUGCACCUCUUUCUAUCAUGUCCAAAGGAACUCAACCACAGGCAGCAUUCUGGAAGUCAUUGCUGAAGGGCCCACCUCCCCCACCCAAUUGUAAAGGCCAUGGUGAACCCUGUGUCCUGCGAACAGUAAAGAAAGCUGGACCCAACUGUGGCCGUCAGUUCUACACAUGUGCAAGACCCGACGGUCACUCAUCCAACCCACAGGCACGGUGCAACUUUUUCCUUUGGGUUAACAAGAAAACCGGACAUGAGAAUGCAAGUUAAAUAUUGUAAUUCUUCCAACUGCUCAAAGUGAAAAUGAGAGCAGAGCUUACAACCACCUCCACCUAUCUUACAAUUGAAGAUUACAUCCACAUCCUCUAGCUUUCAUCAGACAACAGUUUGAGAUCCACAACCCACUAUAUUGUGGAUGGAGAUGACUAUUAUACUAUUUGGAACCACAUUCUAAAUAUGGUGCUAAUUAAUAAAAAAAAACAUUUAGGUGACGUUUGGUUUUAUACCAGAAUGUGUUAAACUGUAGUUUUACAAAAGCUAGGGAGUCCACCUUUUGGUCAUACCUUUUCUGUCCAAAAUGCACAUUUAGUUUUUUAUAUACAAGUGUCCUCGCUAUACAAUAUGCAUUUCUAAUAAUGGUGUUGGCAUUUAUACUUCAAUUGUGUUGACAUGUUCAAUAAUAAUUUUUUUAAAAUAUAUAUAUUUUCGAGCAAAUCAUUUGCUCUUAAAUGUACUUCUAACAUAAAGUAUAGUUCAAAAGGCCUUUUGUCCACUGUGUGUGUGUUUCUUUCUUGACUACCUUUUUUCUGUAUCUCUGAUAUUUUAGAGAGAGCACCAGCUCAUGGGUUUUAAAC